AUGGUCAAAAAAUUACAUAAAACUAAAACAGUGUUAACUGAAGAAGAAUUGAAAAAGCGACUUCUAGCUUGGUAUAAUACCUCUAAUGAAAGACGUGAAGCACGUUCGUUAAAAAAGAAUGAUCCAAUAAAAGUUAAAGAAGCAAAUGUCAAGAAUAAAUUUCCGUCGACUAAAACCGGGCUAAAAAAACUUAAAGAAAAGAUCAAAAAAGAUAAUCUUCGUAAAAGAUUAGAAAUGGCGAAUAGUUAUAAUGAAGAUUCAUUAGAAGACGCAGAAGAAUUAAAAAGAAUUAAUCUAGAACGGAAUCUCAAAUAUUUUACCUUUAAUCCAAAAGAAAUAAAUUAG